CUCGCCUUAAUUAUCCGAUUUACAGUUUUUUCUUUCUCUUUUCAAAUUCCAAGUCGGUCGCGAAUUUAGGGUGCCCUAAUUUCACGCGCCCUUGUCCGUAGCGCGGCCACCGCCGCCCACCACUGUCCCCCUCUACCCAAACCGCGGUGUUAUCCCACGCGCUGUCUCCCAUCCCAUCCCAGCAAACAGUUGUCCACUGUGCCAUUGGGUACCCUUUUGACUUCUUGAACUGAAUCGAAAUAAUUUCGAUUCUGUACGUUCUUGGCGGUGAUGAUAGAAGAAAUAGAAGAAGAUGAAGGGGGAGAAGACGAAAUUGGAAGGGGGGAAAUCGAUGGUGUCGAAGAAGAUGAAGUGGGCGGGCCUUGUGGGUCUUUUCGUCUCCGCUUUCUCUCUCGUUGCCCACUUCCUUCUUGCCCGGCGCACUCACGGCGGCGGCGGCGGCGGCCCAGUUUCGGAGUUCCAGUCUUCUCUCACUCUCUUAUCAUGGAUGCCCGUUUUUGAGAAUGCGGAUCUUCUCAAGACUAGUCGAAUUUAUGGAAGGCUCUGGGGUCCAGUUAGGCGUCUUGAAUAUUUACAGCCUCUUGCAAAUCCCGGAUCCAACUAUCCAGCUCCUGAAGUGCAACCAAGUGGGUUUAUCUUCGUCAGGAUACGAGGUGGUUUCCAUGAGAUUAGGAAUUCGAUAUGUGAUGUUGUUGCUGUUGUGCGGCUUCUCAAUGCUACGCUUGUCAUUCCGGAGAUUCAGUCAACCACAAGCAGCAAGGGAAUCAGUUCAGAAUUCAAGAGCUUUGCGUACUUGUACAAUGAGGAUCAGUUCAUGGCAGCAUUGGCAAAAGAUGUGAAGAUUGUGAAAACACUUCCAAAGAAUCUUAAAGGAGCAAGGAGAAAGAAAGAGAUCCCUUCAUUUAGAGUGGCCCACUCGGCAUCGCCACAUUUUUACCUGCAUCAUGUUCUACCUGUUUUGACACAUCACUCUGUUGUUGAGCUUAUUGUUUCUGAUGGUGGAUGUUUGCAGUCCACAUUGCCACCACUUCUUAUGGAAUACCAAAAGCUGAGAUGUAGGGUUGCUUUUCAUGCCCUAAGAUUCAGAGAAGAAGUUCAAGAACUUGCUGUUAAAAUUUUGAAUAGAUUAAGAGCUUCAGGGAGGCCAUUUUUAGCAUAUGAUCCGGGGAUGACAAGAGAUUCCUUGGCAUAUUACGGUUGUGCAGAGCUUUUUCAGGAUGUGCAUACCGAGCUUAUCUUGCACCGAAGAUCGUGGAUGAUCAAACACAGAAUAGUGAAGGGAAAUCUAUCUGUGGAUUCUGCCAAACAGCGCCUUAAUGGCUUGUGUCCUCUUAUGCCAGAAGAGGUAGGAAUUCUUCUGCGAGCAUAUGGUUAUAAACCUGACACUGUCAUUUACAUAUCCGGUGGGGAAAUCUUUGGCGGGCGUAAGAAAUUAGUUCCCCUCCAUGCUAUGUUUGAGAAUGUUGUUGAUAGAACGUCCUUAAGCACUCCAUGGGAGCUGAGUAAAAUGUACGGGCGCGAGACUACCGUCAUUGACAAAUACCCAAAAUACCCUUUGACAAAAGAGGAAAGAAAAUUUCAAGACUGGAAAACCUUGGGCCCACGCCCCCGCCCUCUGGCCCCUCCCCCGGCACGGCCCAAAUACCCAUAUAACAUUGAAGGGUGGUGGGGAUGGGUGGCUGAGAGUGAUUAUGAGCCAGAGAGCAGCGUCGAAGAAUUGAGGACUAAUGCGCACAAGUUGCUGUGGGAGGCCGUGGACUACAUUGUUUGUCUUGAAGCUGAUGCUUUCAUUGCUGGGUUUGAUAGGGAUGGUAAAGGACACCCUAAUUUUGCUAGUCUUGUAAUGGGACAUAGGCUUUAUCACUUUGCUCCUUCAAGAACAUACAGACCAAACAGAAAAGAAACUGUGAAGCUUUUUGAAGAGAUUCGCGAUAAUUUGUAUCAGGCCAACCGUACUUGGAUCAGAUCUCUACGUAAGAGCCUGAGGAGAAAUUUGGUUGAUGGCUUUCUGGGGGAAUCAAAGAGAACCAAAUUGCUCUCCCUUGUUGCUUUUCCUUUCCCUGAAUGUUUUUGCACGAGCCGUGCUCCCACAGAAACAUCUGAUUCUCUUGGAGUUCUUCCUCACUGCCCUCCAUGGAUGAAUGCUCACAAUGCCAUGUCUCAAACGAAAGAUGAAAAUGAUGAAGAUGCCGAUGAAGAAGAAGAUGACUUGUCUUCUGGUUUGUUCUUCAGGCAAAGCAAUGGCAGUAACCGUGAAGUUGACAGCGGAGAGAUGAACAACAAGGAAGAAACUCUAGUGGAAGAUCAAGAAGAGCUCGAUGGGGGAGAAAGAUGAGUAAUAAUACUCCCUCCGUUCGUAUAACAAGACAUUCUAGGUAAAUUGGAAAAAUGAAUGAAUGUAGACAUAAAGCAUGUCUACAUUCAUUCAUUUUUCAAUGUAUCAAGAAAGUUUUCCAUUUCUCAGUCUCUCUACUUUGUAGUAGGGGUAAGGUCUGCGUACACAAAUCCUACCCAGACCCUACUUUUGUGUGUGAUUUAACUGGGUUUGUUGAACAAGAUUCCCAUUUGUGGAAGAUGAUGGCUGUGGAUUCAAAGAUGAUCCUGAGAAUGGUAACUCUGACUCCUGAGAUGAUGACUGUGUGUUAAAUUUAUGAAGAUUCAUUAAAUCGGGCCGAAGAAAACGAUGGAUAUACAGAUGAACAGAUGAAACACAUUGGCUGAAGGAGAAUUGACAGCAUAGUUUUUUUUGUAGAUAAACUAUUCAAUUGUAGCUAUAUUGGAACAAUCAUAUCAUUGUCUCUUCUAAAAAUCUUGCAUUCCAAGUUCUCUGUACUAUUUUCUUCUUUUCUGCCUCUCAAGAAUGAAUGAUUCCUUUCUUA